GCAAACUUAACAAAACAAAAAUAUUCCGAUGACAUUUCGUGUUUGUUUUGCAUGUUUUGGAUUUACCAUAAUCCACUUUCGCUUUCAUUAAAAACAAGUUUAAAACGAUCAUUCAACAAUGAAUCCUCCAGAUAGUGGUGUUGAUCCAUCGAAUGAUCAACUUCCUGAUUCGAAGCUGACGACAAAAGAGGCAUACUUCGAAGUGCUCAGAGUAUGGGUAGCACAGGCUAAACAACAGCAGGCGGCUGCCGCUAAUUUUCCGUAUUAUCUUAUGGCCAAUCCACAUCUACUCCAACAAUCUCAGUAUCCAUUAAAUGGCAUGCAAUAUGCAAACACUGCCCAACAGAGACAUCCACUCAAUCUGCCAGAUAUUGGACGGCAACCAGCCGAUGAAGCGGCUAUCAAUCGGUUGCUCAUGAAUUAUAUGAAUCGGAACAAUCGGCAAAAUCAAUUUCUCAAUAAUCAGCAACGGAAUGAAGACAUAAUCAAUCAAAACGGUGGAUUUGAAUAUGUCCUGGCGCCGUUGUACAAACGAUUUUUCGCCGAGGUGAUCGACGUGGUAAUUUUAUUCAUUUUAAAAUUAAUUGUAGCCUUUAUGAUCAUCGACAUCUUCGAAAUUGAUUUUGGAUUUGAUUUUGAUGCAAUCAAAUCGUCGAUCGAAGACGACUACAGUGAAUUCAUCCAAUUCUCGUCGGAAAUGGUGUACAUUGAAAUAAUUACGAAAAUCGUUGUUUGCUUUUAUGAAGCUCUGUGGACUCGUCAAAGUCACGGACAAAUCAUCGGAGGAGCUACGCCCGGGAAAAUUGUAAUGGGGAUUCGAAUCCUAUACGUUGAGGCUGUCCUGCCGUUAGAUCCAAUUCCACCGGUGGAUAUCAAUUUGAAUCAACUCAAUCACACACCGCUUCGGGCACUCGUAUUCCCGGGAUCCAAUCUCGGUUUUAAAAAGGCACUUCUUCGUGCACUGGCCAAAAAUUUGCUGAUGGCUCUACUGUUCCCAUUCUGUUUCGCUAUGUUCUUCUUUCGCAGCAAUCGAACCAGUUACGAUAUUAUGACCAAAACGAUUGUCGUUGAGGAAAAUCCAGCACCGGUGCUAAGACGACGAUAAUAUAGAACGACAGAAUGAAUUGUAUGAGAAUGGUGUUAAAUUGUGAAAUGGCGAAUUUGACGUUAAAGUGAUGCGAUUUAAGUCAAGCGGAACGGAUUUAAGGAUAUUUUAUCA